AUAUCCGUGGAAUACAAGAGUUUUUGGACAAAGUGUCUCAACAGGGAAUGGAUGUAGCUUUGCAGAAAGUAGAAAACAACAUCAAUAAAAUGAUCACGGGGCUCUUUGCGACUAUCUACAGGGAUACUCUGAGACGAGCUAUUCUUGUGAUGAACCCCUUGACAGCCAAAUCAUUCAUAACAGAGGAAAUAAAUGAUGUGGAUGUGCAGGAGCUGGUGAGAAGGUCAAUUGGAAGGUUAACAAUUAUCCGACAGACAUUUCCAGUCCCCCAAAACAUAAGUCAGCGCUGUUUCCGUGGCAACCACAGAAUAUCUUCAUCACUGUGUGAUCCGAAGGACCCUUUCUCCCAAAGCAUGGAGAUUUCAAACCUGUAUAUAUAUGAUACUGUCCUCCUGUUGGCGAACGCCUUUCAUAAAAAGCUGGAGGACAGGAAGUGGCACAGCAUGGCCAGCCUCACCUGCAUCAGGAAGAACUCUAAGCCCUGGCAAGGAGGACGAUCCAUGUUGGAAACCAUUAAGAAGGGUGGAGUGAAUGGCUUGACUGGAGAACUGGAAUUUGCAGAAAAUGGGGGGAAUCCAAAUGUGCAUUUUGAAAUUUUGGGGACAAAUUAUGGAGAAGAUCUUGGCAGAGGCAUCCGCAAG